AUGCUGAGAUAUUUGCAAAACUCUGGAUCGCAGGUGUCUGCGGUGGGAAACGCGCUAUUACCCUUUCCGGGGGCUAACGCGUUCACCACCACACCAUUCGGCUCUUUCGUUUCGCUUGUCUGUCCGCAAUUUCUGUUGAUCAGUUUAACAUUGAUAUUUCACAUGAAUAAUAGCAGUAAUGACAUUAAUAAUUACCAACAUUUAUUGAUAAUAAUAGUAACAAUAAUGGUAAUAGCAACGAUUUUUCCAGCAAGUCUCUAUCCGGAAGGUCUUGCCGUACGUGAAGGUAAACGGAAAGUCUACGAUCUAUCGUUUAUCGAUGAAGAUUCUCCCAACUGUGUCGCAAAAAUCAAACAUCCAGUCACGGGUAUGAGUGUGUACGAAAUGCAAGAGAUCGGUAAUAUCAUUACUAUUCAGUCAAACACAGACGAUUCGCUCAGCGCUACGUGGUUAAGUUUACUGUUUGCCUGUGGAUGUGCCUUCACUCGACAUAAAUGGUGUGUCGUUAAAAUGGAUGUCAUCAGUGCAAUCAUUACACCAAUUAGUUCAUUCUGUGAAGAGAACGCUGUCAAAGUAAGUCUACUUCUUCUAGUUGGAACUUCAUUUGAAGUGAACUUUCCUUUCGGACCUACAGUAUCUUGCACUGCCUUAAUCUCGCUUUCAAUAACUUCUUUGCACUUAUUUAGUUUACGUAUUAAGAAUUGUUUAAAAGUCACCUGCACCACCACACGAAGUUUUGUUGUUGAUCAACGACAGCUUCGAUCGAUUUGCCAAGGAAGGUGUGUGUGA